AUGGACGAUUACCCUCCCUUGUCGCUGGCGGAAAAUGUCGUAUUCAUAAGGCUGUUUCGUGCCAUCUAUCCGGGCUCAACAAUCAAUCCCUCGAACAACAACCUCAUCUUGCGCCCUUCGAAGCCAGCGUCUCCAGGUGUUGACGUACUUGGUGUCAAAGCCGGAUUCUGGAAUAAGGAUUUGAAGCCAUCAAAGCAUCCGAAGGCAUCUGAAAAGAAAGAAAUAACAUCCAAGGCCCAGGGAAAAAGAGCCGUAAAGUACGCUGAGGAUGAGGCAGCAAAAGCCGAAGCUCGCAAAAAGGGAAAGACUGCCUAUUUCGCUGUCAAUAUUAUCCGAGGGACCACCAGGCGUUUCCAAUGGAAAGACAAAAAGGGGAUCAUCUGGAGCGUUGAUGAUGUCACAUUCAAGCCUGGCUGGGACCUAGACAGAGCCGAAUUUGAGGCUAAGCUGGCCUACGACACGUACUGGGGCUCUGAGAGUGAACAAUACAUACAGGCUUCUGGGAACCCCUCCAACACCGACUCCCUCACUGCCAAAGUUGCUUGGACUGCUGCUGCCAAGUUCCCAGAGAAGGUUGUUGCCGAUCACGCCUUGGCUAAGUUUCUCAAUGGCAUCACCACUCGCAAGUUCGAGGAACCGCAUCCCACGCAUGUACCUGGAUCUAUCUCUGAGUUCGCUCGCAACAUUGUUGAGACCAACGAGAAAGAGUGGCCUGGCGUUGUGCAGGCUUGGAAGGAGAAACGAAAUGGCCCGGACGCAUUCGCGGUCAACAUCAAAAAGCACAAGGAGGCGUUUCGCAAGCUCAUGGAACAUGCAGUCUCUCGCAUAGACCUCGCUAUUGCGACUCAUGUGUCCUUGGUUGAGGCUGUUACUGCGUACGAUGGCCGUCCCCAAGGCAAUGGCCCUCAAGGCAACGGCGAUCAUGAACUCCCACAGUAUAUCGAUCCAGGGCUUACUCAAGAGCAUGUCUUGAGCGAUAUACAUGUGCUGCCCUAUCGGCUCGCCGGUCAACAUGCUACAAAGCACACACAGCUGACAUUCCAUGAGAAGGUCAUGCUCUUUCUUGUCUUCCAGCAGCUCCGAGACACAGCAAACCCGCCUUAUCGACUGACUGAGAAACAAACUCAGUUGGAGGUGGCCACUCUCAACCAGGAUCAUCCUCCUUCCAUUGCAAGGCAACGAUCCGAUGAUGUUGCGAGGGGCAAUGGGCGAAAAAAAGCCGACAAGGUCUCCCUUGGGCUGUCACUGAAUUACGAAGCUGGUUCAGUCCUGUGGACAUGGUACGACUCGCAAAAGAAGGGCGUCAGCCACCACGCCAGCGUAUCAAACAGCACAACAAAGAUCUCCUUGUGGCAUGUCGCCACGCGCCUUGACGGCGGAACACACUUUGCGCUGGCAUCGAAGUGUGUAUUCUUCAAUUUGACUCUCUCUAUCACCGGCAUAAUCACAGACAAUGCGCCGCCAACUGCUUUCACCUCAUCAUCUUCUAUCCUCUGUGACAUACGACCAAUUAAGGUACUCUCGAAUGGUACUCUCGAAUCCACUCUCAAUCGCGAGUCACAGAUCACACAGCCAACUGCUUUCACACGAUCACUUCCCUCUUGGUCACCACGAAGGGGAAAAAAGCUCUUCUCCGAUUUCGCUACCUUCGAAAAGAAAGAGAGAAAACUCUUGCCCGACUUGACUGCAUUCCGAUAUCGCAAAGAACUACCUGCAUGUGAUGAGCGUCAAACUCUAUCUUCCCGAGGUCUGUCCGACUCGGAUGAACUUACCGAAGAUAUCGUCAGCAGCGACAUCCAUGUUGCCUCUUUUCGAAACCCUGCCUCCUUCGUGGACACCCAUGCUCUGUUGACCGCACGAGAGAAGGACAUCGUUUUCGUGAUGCUCCAGCCGAUUCGAAAAACAGCCGAGCCGCCUUACAGAAUCACUUAUGGCUACUGGAAUGGCAUCCUCAAGAAACUCUUUGACGAUUGGAACACCAAACUCCAGGCACCUGCCGAUCCAAUCCUAACCCCCCCCCCCCCCAUCAAGGAGCAUACUUACAUCACGGGUGGCACCCUCAAAUCCGAUCAGCCUCUUCCAAACUCGAAGCGACGAGCUUGCAGGACCGUGCUGGAGGACUUUCGCACCAGAGGCGCAGAAGCUAGGAUUGGCGUGUACAUCAAUCCAGACACGAACUCAAUCUCGUUCCCAUGGACCGACACGAAAGGAAACGCUGUCAGCGACUCAAAUGUCACACUUAUGAACAACAGAACCGAAGUCGAUCUCCGCCGGGAAGCCAUUGAGCAAUAUGACAUUCUUGAUCUUCUCCAGCAUGUCCAUGGCAACAAGGGCUUUGGCGUUCCUGGUCUGGAUGAUCCGACUAAUGAACCAGCCGUUGCUCCUAUCACUCAGUACGAUAACCCAGCGCCUGAUGAGUACAAGAAGGCACCAAGGUUCCAGUCCGAGGCUGGUCAAACAAGCUGGCAGGCAGACAAUGCUGCUUGCCGAGUAUCCAAGGCCUGUUCUGACAAGGCGGUUGCCCGAGUCCUACCAUGGAAGCGAGAGUUCGCCAAUCUCCAACGCGUAAUCGACGCAGAACCUGCCGUGACUCAGACCGAGGGUCACUCUCUCGCCUCCAAUGUCAACAUGGCGGCAAUGGCUCACCAUCUCGACGCCUUCCGAGCUCGUCAAUUCGAGAACUUGGGACUGACGAGCAGGUCGAUGUUGUGUCUGAUGAUGAGGAACCAGGCAACGAAAGUGGCAAUGAGGGAGCUGAUGAUGGUAUCGGCUGGUAAAGGGACGGACGCAAUGUUGUGA